AUGCCGAUUGCACUUGCACUAGGUAUCGUUCUCAACAGUGCUUUCUUGUUCGUGAUUGCGCGUGUACCGUAUAUGAGAACUAUUACAAACUAUUACUUAGUUAACUUGUGUAUAGCAGACAUACUCUACAUAUCGUUUGCUGUUUCGGAUAAGUUACUGCGUUACGAGACGUCGGCGGUUGCGAUUGAUCAAAGUAUUCAUGGUGAAAUUGGUUGUAUUGUAUUUUAUGGAAUCAUGGACAUCGCUUACUUCGUAUCACUAUUCACGGUUGUGUUGUACACUGUGGAGAGGUUUGUCGCAAUCACGUUUCCAUUCAGAGCACAGAUGAUGAGCAGUAAGAAAAGAACUUUAAUAUUGAUUGCGAUCACCUGGUUAACUGCCAUCGUGUUUGCAAUUCCCUCAAUGGUUGGUAACUCUGAAAGACAUGUCAUGCAUUUUAUCUGGCCGCCGGGCUACGACAGUUUUCCCGAGGUCGUCGAGACAUGUUACACCACCAACGGUGACCUGGCGUACUUAGCUGUCGGUAUCAACGUUAUACCGUUUUGUCUGUCACUGGUGAUAGUAGUUAUUCUCAACGCCAUCAUAUGCAUCAAGAUUUUACGUGAGAAUAAAAUUGGUGAGUCGGCUCGGUCUAAAAGCAGUUUAACCGCUCGUAACCAAGUCGUACGUAUGUUGUUCGUCACAAGCAUACUGUUCUUCAUACUACUCUUUCCGUUUGAAUUUGCAUCUAUAUCCCCGCUCUUUGACCCGGACCCAGCCGGUACAGGGGCAAUCCCUGUAGAAAUAUUUGGAGCCUGGAUUCAAUACUCACGAGUUCUUUCCUAUAUCAACUCAGUCAUCAACCCUAUAAUAUACAAUGCCAUGAGUGCCAGGUAUAGAAGAGCUUUCAUCAGGGCGUUUUUUUGUCGUGAAGCUGGAAAAACAGAAAAAAAGAGCACAUCUUACACAACAAGGACAACAACCGCUGAUUCAAGUGUACUCUAUACGCAAAUAAGUCUAAAUAAGUCUAAAUAG